GGAUAUGGCGAGGCAAAGAGGGGUGGAUUGGCCUGUGCAAGUCAGUCAAUCACGGUUCAUGCCCAGACUGUAACACAAUCCGCUGGCGCAAUACCCUACCCUAAUAUCCGUCCUAUCCCUCUCCCGAUUUGUGUUUCUCUUACCGGAGUCAAUCACCCCCCUCGCCGUCCGCCGUCGAAUCCCGACCCGGCAGACCAAGCCCCGCUUCCGGCGACGAGGACCCCCGAGGCCAAAAACCCCCCAGAGCCCGACACGAAGCCGACCUCGCGCGCUCACAACCGCUGCCGACUAGCGAAGCCGACACGAUCACCCCGCAGACACGAUGGCGGCCACACAGCAGCCCCAGCUGGUGUUCGUCGAUGGCGCCUUCGCUGAGCUGGCCCAGGACAUGGCCAACCUGCUCUCCAUCGGCGACGAGGUGAAGCCGCUGCUGGAGAAGGAGCAGGAGGAGGAGGCGCUGGCCAGUAUCGUCAAGGCCUCGACUAGUCUCAACUCCAUUCCCGAGAAGGAGUUCACAGGCGCCUACAACGCUCUCGUCUACCUCGUCCUCCAGUCCAAGGAGCCCAAGAAGCAUCUCCCGACAGUCUGCCAGAACCUGACCAAGCCCGUCACGUCAUCACCUCAACAUGGCGCCCAGUUGGCGCUGUUCGAGCUCACCAGCAUAUUCAACCUGCUGAAGCCCGCCGACCCUGUGCGCUUCCACGUCCUCAUUCAGGUCGUCCGCUUUUACAAGAUCCACAACCUGCCCAUCUCAGAACACCUGAAGGGCGCUUUGAAAAACCUGCCGAGGUGGCUUGAGACUUGGGAGAGCUCCGAGGAGGACUGCAGGAAGAUUUACCUCGAGGUUGUCGAUAUCAUGACGGCAGCCAACGAGGAAGAGGAGGCUUACCAGCAUCUGCUCAAGGCACUCCGCACGUAUGACGCAGACGAGGACGAGGAGAGCUCCUCAGAGGAGGCACAGCAAUUUGCGCUACGGGCCGUGCGCAUGGCCAUAUCGUCACCCACCAGGCUCUCAUACGAGGACCUGCGGCCGCUUCAGCCGGUCGAGGCACUCCGCGAGUCGCACCCAGUUCAUUUCCAGCUGCUGGAAAUCUUCUGCGAGCGGGACCUGGACGACUAUGACGACUUCAGGGAGGAGCACGAGGGCUUCAUAGAGAAGGAGAAGCUCGACCACGAUGUGCUCUGCCGCAAGAUGCGCCUGCUCACCUUUGCGUCCUUGGCGGCCUCCAAUAUGCAGACAAGGGAGAUUUCGUACAAGGAUAUCACCAAGGCGCUGCAGAUCCCCUCAGAAGACGUCGAGAUGUGGGCCAUCGACGUGAUCCGCGCGGGCCUGGUCGAGGGCAAGCUGUCGCAGAAGAAGAACGUUUUCCUGAUCCACUCGGUCAAGUAUCGUAUCUUUGGCGAGAAGCAGUGGCGCCAGCUCCUGAGCACGCUGGAGAAGACAAAGAAGACGGUGGGCGGGCUCCUCGCCACCUUGCGCAAGGAGGAGGCAAACGCGCAGCAGGAGGCAGAGCGCAAACUGGUCGAGACGAGCGGCCAGCAGGGCGGCGGCGGAGACCGCCAGAGACGUGGUGGGCGCGGACAACAACAAUCUCAGCGUGAGCGCAACGACCGCGACGACUAAGGCGGGCUUUAUGGGAUCACCUCUGGUCUUUUUUCAUGUGCAAAAGAGAAGAAAAAAAUAAUACAAAAUUCGACUAGACAACGCUGCCAGGAAGGGUCAGGAUUAUGUUUAAAGUACCAACCCACACACUUUUCGCGGAGUUGGCGGGGCUUGGGGUAGGGCGGUUUCCCAUGGUCGUUAUAGAAUGGCCAAGUUCAAUGGGUGGCGCUUUUUUUAUACGGCAACUUCAUACCUCGUCUCUCCCUAUCUGACAUGAUAUUUUUUGGGGAGGGGGGUUCAAAAGGCAUUAACUUUACGUUGGUGUUCAUUUUUUUUUGAGAGCCGAACGAAGGAUGGCAACGCGAGAUUCAUUCCACAAGGCGGCUGAAGCUGUAUCGACACGAUCACUCCCAGGGGAUGAUGACAUCAUGAUACUUUCGACUACGCAGCAGCGGGGGAAAGCGGCAAAGAGAGGAGUGAGCAAAACGGAGCCAAGCAAACGCCACACUGACUGUCUAUGAUGAUGGAAUGUAUCUCGCCGUUGGCGGCUGUUUAUUAUGGCUAAGGUAUGGUAUGUUGUAUGCACAAAAGAACCCGUCUAUCGAAAGAACAAUGGCGUCCGCAGGACAUGUGGUGAUAGCUGGGAGGAGGAGGAGGAGGGGUGGAGACCAAAAGCCCAGCGAUGGCGGGGGC